CCGUCGGCCCAGCCGGCCCGGCUGAGUUUGCAGAGAGGUAACUCCCUUUGGCUGUGAGCGGGCGAGCUAGCUGCGCGUUGCAGAGACGGAUCUGGGUAGCCAGACGCCCGCGGAGUUCCUUCAGCACCUCAGUCAGAAUCUGGCUGCACGCGAGCUGGGCCCCCAGGUUCCCCUAGCUCCCUCUCCACCUUCCCCUGCAUGCACACUCCGCCAGUUUGUGGGACCAAAGAUCAAAGGAUGAAAAGGCAAUCAGGUCUCCAGUAGCCAAAAAAACAACAGCAACAACAACCAAAAAAACCCCGAAACGAACCAAAACAAACAAAAAGAAAACAUUCAAACGAAAACAAAACCAAAAAAGAAAGGAAGAAAAAUAGCCCGGUUCCUAUUGCACCUGCUUCACUGAACACUGAAUCUGUAAGGUGGAGAGCCCCCUCCCCCUUUUUUUCUUCAAGAUUUGAGCAUCUUUAGAAUCUGCCGUCCAAGUAUUCGGGAACAGACUGUGAGCCUAGCGUGUUUUCGUCUGCAGGAGACUUGGGGGCUGUCAGAGCGCUCUUGUAUGGUUAUUCCGGCAAGUUUCUUUCUCAGGAGCGCCCCGCAGGUGGGCAGCUAGCUGCAGUGACUACCGCAUCGAAGCCUGUUGAACUCUUCUCAGCAACAGAAAGGGAAGUGGGAUAAAGGAAUUCGGUGGAAGAUUCAGCCGAGCUCAAGGAUGGAGGUGCAGUUAGGGCUGGGGAGGAUGUACCCCCGGCCGCCGUCCAAGACCUAUCGAGGAGCUUUCCAGAACCUGUUCCAGAGCGUCCGCGAAGUGAUCCAGACCCCCGGUCCCCGGCACCCUGAGGCCGCCGCGAGUGCAGCACCUCCCGGCGCCCGUUUGCUGCAGCAGCAGGAGACCAGUCCCGGUCAGCAGCAGCAACAGCAGGGUGAGGAUGGCUCUCCUCAAAGCCAGAGCAGGUGCCCCACAGGCUUCCUGGCCCUGGAGGAUGAACAGCAGCCUCCACCUCACUCAGCCCCCGAGGGCCACACGGAGAGCGGCUGCCUCUCAGAGCCCGGAGCUGCCUCGGCCGCCGGCAAGGGGCUGCAGCAGCAGCCGCCAGCACCUCCGGACGAAGAUGACUCAGCUGCCCCAUCCACGUUGUCCCUGCUGGGCCCCACUUUCCCGGUAUUAAGUAGCUGUUCUGCGGAUCUUAAAGACAUCCUGAGUGAGGCCGGCGCCAUGCAACUCCUCGAGCAGCAGCAGCCGCAGCCGCAGCCGCAGCAGCAGCAGCAGGCGGUAUCCGAAGGCAGCUGCAGCGGGAGAGCGAGGGAGGCCGCUGUGGCUCCCACGUCCUCCAAGGACAGUUACCUAGCGGGCAGUUCAACCAUCUCGGACAGCGCCAAGGAGUUGUGUAAGGCAGUGUCGGUGUCCAUGGGCUUGGGUGUGGAGUCCUUGGAGCAUCUGAGUCCAGGGGAACCGCUUCGGGGGGAUUGCAUGUAUGCUCCGCUCCUGGGAGGUCCACCCACUGUGCGUCCCACUCCUUGCGCCCAGCUGGCGGAAUGCAAAGGUUCUCUGCUGGAUGAUGGCCCAAGUAAGGGCGCCGAAGAGACUUCUCAGUAUUCCCCUUUCAAGGCAGGUUACACCAAAGGGCUGGACGGCGACAGCCUGGGCUGCUCUGGCAGCGGCGAAGCAGAGGUCUCUGGGACACUUGAGCUGCCAUCCACCCUGUCUCUCUACAAGUCUGGAGCACUGGAAGAGGCAGCGGCUUAUCAGAGUCGCGACUACUACAACUUUCCGCUAGCCCUGGCGGGACCGCUGCCCCCUCCGCCGCCUCCCCAUCCCCACGCCCGCAUCAAGCUGGAGAACCCGCUGGACUACGGCAGUGCCUGGGCAGCCGCGGCGGCGCAAUGCCGCUACGGGGAUCUGGGGAGCCUGCACGGCGGGGGUGCAGCGGGACCCGGCUCCAGCUCGCCCGCAGCCGCCGCCGCCUCCUCUUCCUGGCACACUCUCUUCACAGCCGAGGAAGGGCAGAUGUAUGGGCCCUGUGGUGGUAGCGUUGGUGGCAGCGCGGGUGAGGCGGGGGCCAUAGCCCCCUAUGGCUACACUCGGCCACCUCAAGGGCUGGCGGGACAGGACGGCGACUUCCCCCCACCUGAUGUGUGGUAUCCUGGCGGUGUGGUGAGCAGAGUGCCCUAUCCAAGUCCCAGUUGUGUCAAAAGCGAGAUGGGCCCCUGGAUGGAGACUUACUCCGGAACUUACGGUGACAUUCGUUUGGAGACUGCCAGGGACCAUGUUCUGCCCAUUGACUAUUACUUUCCACCCCAGAAGACAUGCCUGAUAUGUGGAGACGAAGCUUCUGGCUGUCACUAUGGAGCUCUCACUUGUGGAAGCUGCAAAGUCUUCUUUAAAAGAGCUGCUGAAGGGAAACAGAAGUACCUGUGUGCCAGCAGAAAUGAUUGCACCAUCGAUAAAUUCCGAAGGAAAAAUUGUCCAUCUUGUCGCCUCCGGAAAUGCUAUGAAGCAGGGAUGACUCUGGGAGCACGGAAGCUGAAGAAACUCGGUAACCUGAAACUACAGGAGGAAGGGGAGGCUGCCAGUGCCAUCAGCCCCACUGAGGAGACAACCCCGAAGCUGACAGUGUCACACAUUGAAGGCUACGAGUGUCAGCCCAUCUUUCUGAAUGUCCUGGAAGCCAUUGAGCCAGGCGUGGUGUGUGCUGGACAUGACAAUAACCAGCCCGACUCCUUUGCGGCCUUGCUGUCUAGUCUCAACGAACUGGGUGAAAGACAGCUUGUACAUGUGGUCAAAUGGGCCAAGGCCUUGCCUGGCUUCCGCAACCUGCACGUGGACGACCAGAUGGCAGUCAUCCAAUACUCCUGGAUGGGGCUUAUGGUGUUUGCCAUGGGCUGGCGGUCUUUCACCAAUGUCAACUCCAGGAUGCUCUACUUUGCCCCUGACCUGGUUUUCAAUGAGUACCGCAUGCACAAGUCCCGGAUGUACAGCCAGUGUGUCCGAAUGAGGCACCUCUCUCAAGAAUUUGGCUGGUUGCAAAUCACGCCCCAGGAAUUCCUGUGCAUGAAGGCACUGCUGCUCUUCAGCAUUAUUCCAGUGGAUGGGCUGAAAAAUCAAAAAUUCUUUGAUGAACUUCGAAUGAACUACAUCAAGGAACUUGAUCGUAUCAUUGCAUGCAAGAGAAAAAAUCCCACAUCCUGCUCAAGGCGCUUCUACCAGCUCACCAAGCUCCUGGACUCUGUGCAGCCUAUUGCACGAGAGCUGCACCAGUUCACCUUUGACCUGCUAAUCAAGUCCCACAUGGUGAGUGUGGACUUUCCAGAAAUGAUGGCAGAGAUCAUCUCUGUGCAAGUGCCCAAGAUCCUUUCUGGGAAAGUCAAGCCCAUCUAUUUCCACACACAGUGAAGCUUUGGAAGCCCCCAUUUCCUCACCGCACCCCACUCCCCUGUCAGAUAUCUUCUGCCUGUUAGAACUCUCCACAACUUCUCUGCCGUGCCUUGGGGAAUUCCCUCUAUCAAUGCAGUCUGUCACGAAGAUGUUCCUGAGUCCUCGUUGCUGGGCUUUUCUCUCUCUUCCUCCCCUUUUCCAUCCCCCACUGACCCUCCCACGGCACUUUCAGACUCUGCUCCCACCAUGGCUCUUCUCUGUGUUUUGAAUGGUGUUGUAUCCCUUUAAAUCUGUGGUGAUCCUCAUGUGGCCCACUGUCAACUUGUGCUUGUUUAUAGCACUGUGCUGUGAACAUUACAAAGCCCAUGGGGAGUCACUGCUUUUUGCCCAAACCCUCCCUACUCGGGAGACUUAUUUUCUGCCGAUGGCUAUUGGCAUUAGAGGGCACGGUAACCCCAGAGCUGAGUUAGUGGUAGAGACAGGUUUAAGAGAGGAAAAAGAGGACAGAUGGGUGACCAGUACCUGCCCAUAGCCUUGGCUCCUGAGGGCUAGACUGCUCAAGUGCAGUGCGAUUCAUUGUGCUCAGAAGUGCUUCUUGUUUAAAAACUUGUCGGCAUGUGAAUGCAUGCCCCUGCCCCCAGUCUCCUCUCUCUCUCACCCUCUGCCUCCACCCUCAAAUUGACUUUCAAUAGCUUUUCUAAGAACUUGGAACUGAAUGUUCCCUUUAGCCAAAACUUGGCCCUGUCCACUGAAGUCAAACCAUCAAGGAGAGAUCUGACCCUUUGGAAGGCCCCAUUCGAAUGCAGGUCAGCUUUCCCAUUUGUGGACCAGGGAGGAGCCUAGGGCUGGAAUCAGAGGAAAAAGGAAGUGAUGGCUUGGCUGUUGUGCUUGGAAUACUGAAGAAUGGGUUCCUCUUGCACCUACCUUUAAAAGACAUGAAUGUUUUCAACCUGACUCCAUGCAGCGGCAAGUUUCCUCCACCCUCCCUUCAGUGUUUUCUGGGCCUGAACUGCAGCAGACUGCAUUACGGUGGUGAAGCUUCCACUUCUCUAGGCUUGUUCACAGACUCUGCUAAGAGCCCCCACCGCCAAGGAGGCUAGCAAGCCACCAGAUUUAGCAUCUAUUUCCAGAUGCCAGAGGCUCAAAGACUUCUUGCCAAAUAUCUCUCAUCAACUAGCAGAUCCCUGGAGCCCUCAGAGAAACAGGAAAGAAGGUAUUAAUGGAUUGGACAAGCUGGGCGUCUUGCCCUUGUCCUCCAGAGAUGGUACCUUCCCAUCAAGUGGAGAAUUGCCAACUUCCUCCUUCAGAGCAGUGAAAGGGGCUAUCCAGAUUAUGGUUGAAGAGAAAACUCAAUGACCAGGCUGAGAAGAAUGAAGGCACUCAAACCAGAAACCCUGGAAGUGCUCUCCUUGCCACCCAGCACAUCCGCUUGCGGAAGUCAUGGCAACUAGAGAGCAGAAACCAAGGGGACACUCUGAUGACCAGAUUAAAGUCCUCAGAGGCAAAGUGUAAAGCCAGACGGGUGCUGUCUGGUGACCUCACUCCUCCUCUGCUGCUGAUUCUGGGUUCCUUGGUUGCUGCCUCUCUGUCAGAGGGAAGCUGAAACAUUGACACUAUAGAACGAUGGUCUCCUUUGGAAAGGUCUGGGUGGUGUGUCUCUCAUGGGCUGCCACCCACAAACUCACGGUGUGUUCCUGGGAUAUUGGUUUCAUGCAGUCCUUUGGCACACCUCUGUUCUGUUGACAUUGUCCCCCAAUCCCAAGUGCAGGGGGGAUGUCCACCUAUUUUCUCAUCUUGGCCACUGCCUCCUCACUUAGCUCUUAAAUUCAUCAGCUGAAUUCAACAAAUUAGGAGCCAGUCACCAAGCUGCCCAUGUCACUUGGUUCACUUUACUUGUUGAGAAGAUAACUUUCAGAGUGACAUGAUAUGAUCUACAUGGGUUUCCUCCCCUGAUUUCUGUGUUGAUAUUAAUAGCCAAAUGAACUUGCAAAACAGCUUCUUUAAAUAACAAGGGAGACAAGAACCUAAGUUGGGCAAUACACCAAUCCAAGACUGCUGGAGAAAACUAAAGCUGACAGGUUCUCUUGCUGGGGUAGGAUAGAUAAAUUCUGGUUGUCUUUGUUAUGACACCAUUUGGUUUAUAUAAGCUCAUAGGAUCACUUUUAGCUGUUUUAAACAGAAAAAAAAAUCCACCAUCUUUUUCAGUUAAACUAGGUUACAUUUAAAUAGUUCCUUUACAAACAUUUUGAAAUGAUUUUCGUCUUUUGUGGUACAUGGAUUCGAUUAUAUUCUAAUACCCCUCCUUGUAAAGACUAGAGGCUCUCCUUUCCAUUUCUCUGACUAUCACAUUUUUCAUCUUUAUGGAUUUCCCAAUUGUGACUCCUGUCAUUAUGAAUAUAUAUGUUUCUCAUUUGUGAAAGCCAAAAAUCAGUGUAAUUGAAAGCAGCAACAACUGGAUUACUCCAAAUUUCUGAAUGACAAGACAAGGGGAAAGAAAACAGCCUAAACAAGGCCUACUGUUUUUGCAAUGGGGUUUCUAUGAGCAAAAAUAUUUUAGCUUGGAUUUGUUCUCCUACAGAUGAAAGGGCCACGGGUGUUCCGGCCAAUGUAAUUGACAGAAGUCACAUUUUGCAUGCACUUCACUCUGCUCUAGAAACAGAGUUGACGUGACUCAUACACUGUGCUCACCCAUAGAGGAUCGGCCACCCGACCUGUGCACCUAUGAAGUGGAAGAUGGCCAUCACUGACAGACAAGGCACGGGGGCUAUCCCCAAAGGCAUCCACAGUGUUUGAUGGGGAUGGAGGGUGAGGAAGAGAAAAAGAAGGAGCACCAGGGAGAAGGUCCCAUCUGUGGGGGCUGCAGACAGCUGCCAGGAUCACAAAGUCUGUGCUCAAAGAAAAGAGCCCUGUGGCCAUUUCGGCUCUGUUUCAUUGGGCAGCUCACCCAGGCCUGGCCUCUGAGCUGAAAUGGAGAGUGGGUUCUCUGAUCAUAGCUUUUCUAUGCCACAGAUUAUAUCAUUGUCCUCGGAGAGUUCAUUUUUUUUUUUUAAUGAGAAAGGGAUCUUUUGAAGGAUUCUGUCACAUAGAAAAUCAGUAAUACAUAUAUAUUUUAUAUAUGUUCACUGUCACUAAAAAAGAAAAAAAAAGAAAAAAAUUGCUUCAUUCUGUCCUUGUGUGCUUUUGGUAGUUGCUGAGGGUUGAGAAAUAAUUUGCUGAUACUAGAGUCCCUCUCUGCCCAUAGUUUAUUUCUAAAUGCAUAUAUGCAUAUAUAACGAGAAUUCUGUUUGUACUUUAAGAGAAAGGAGGCCCAUCCGCAACAUGAUACUGACAUUAUACAAAUGAUGUAACUUUGAGCGUGAAGCAGCUUGUUUGUUUCCUGAAGGCACAGCACAGAUAUGGCCUUGCCCUCUUUUCUCCUUACAUAUUUGCCAGGGAGCACAAGCCCAAGCCACUCCCUCUACCCUUCCUGACCCUGUGCCAGCGUUGCACUUCGUGAGACUCUCUCCAGAGAACUCAGUAACUAUCCCCGCAUGGUCUGUGCAUGGCAAACGGAAGACAAGAGGCUGACCAGUGAUUAUCUUGUGCCAGUCGCCCAGAGGAGAGGGCACUGAGCCAAGGGAGUGGCCUUCAUGCUCGGCCCCCGAAAGGGAGUCAUGGGAAUCAGGAAUGCUAAAGCACAGAAUCAAAUCCCAAACUUAAAGCCACAAUAAGCCAUUUAGCAUGUGCAAUUUCUUGUAAAAGGAAGUUUCUACCCCUGCUGCCUUUUAUAGGCAGUUCUAUUCUCAUACCUAAUCUCUUUGAAAUUUUUGAAAGAUGUUUUUAAAAAGACAAAGACAUGAGAGCAUCACAUUAUAUAACCAAAGAUUACACUGUAUCUGCUAAGAUACCAAAUUUUUUAAGGGCAGGGAGGGAGUAAACAUUAGUGCCUCUUUGGUAAGUUAUCCAAAGACAGACUAAAGGACUUCACUGGUGACUAACUUAUAAGAGUUUUGUGGGUUCCCCCCACCCCCACAGUAUACAUAUAGAAGAGUGGGAGAUAAUUUUGACAAAACAUGAGAUUAUGGGUUCUUCACUGAAUGGUUUUAUACGCAGAACUAGCUUUCCUUUUCUCUAGUAGUUGUUGAGCACCUUUUUGAAGCUCCAUCAUCGCAUGGUUGGACAUGGAGCUGUCUUGGCCCCUGUGUUUGCUAGUGCCCACGUUAGCUUAGCUGAAGAUGUGAAGCCCUUGCUGAGGAAGGCCUAGCUUUUGCACUAGAGGGACAGCAGGCAGAAAUCCUCAUUUCUGCCCACUUUGGAAGACACAAAAAGUUCUCUGCAGUUCAAGGCAGAAGGUUGAAAUAUACUGUAAAUGAGUAUUUGUAUCCAUGUUUCAAAAUUUAAUUAUAAUACCUAUAUCUAUCUAUAUCUAUAUACUGAUAGGUAUAGAUAGAUAGAUAGAUAGAUAGAUAGAUAGAUAGAUAGAUAGAUAGAUUAGAUGUAAUGUGUUUUGAUAGCUUUACCUUUCUCUGCACCUUUAUAUUUGGCUCCAAGUCAUAAUUAAUACUAUGUUCUUGUGAGAGAGGCUGCACUUACAUUUUAGAAGCUCUCUCAGAACGUGAGACACCCGGGUUGAUCAGAUAACUAAGAGAUCACUGCUCCUACUGGGGCCUGACUCACAGGCCUUGCAAAGGAGCAGAGGGGAAAAAUCGGUAGGGUACAGGAUGUAUUAUUGCACUUUACUAGCCUGAGACUGAUGAAUGUUUAAAGGGUGGUGAAAACCCAUUGGAACCCACUGGGAUUUACUAUAUGGAUGGCCCAGACUUGGGGCCAAAGGCUCACCCAAAUGAUUAGCCAGUGGCCCCCUAAUGGGACCUGAGCAGUUGGAAGAAGGAAGGACAUUUUUGUUCUUCACCAUCCUUGUGAGAAAAGGGUAGUUUACUGCACUUAGGAACCUGGAGCAAGAGCUCCAUCUUUCACAUAGUUAACUCACCUGAGAUAGAGGUCUCUUGCUACUGGGUGUCUGUGUGCUUUAGUUCUGAUUUUGGAUAUGUUCUGUAAAGGUUUUGACAAUGAAAAUGUGUUUUUCUCUGUUAAAAAUUUGUCAGUGUACUAGAAGUAGUAUCUCUACAGGUACAGGUCCAUGUCUGCCCACAGGCAGGGAUGUUUUUCUUCGAUUAAGAGAUUGACACUGGGGUCUGUUGCCCAGAGCCUCCCAACUCUCAACCAUUUCUAAGUGAAAGCAGAAAAAUCCACUCUAUUCACUCCUCUUCAGACACUUCAACUGAGGUACCAAAACAUUUGGAAUGUUCCCACUCUCCCAGAAUGAGUGGUAUUUGAAUUUAGCAGGUAGAGUUGUAAAGAAUAUAACAACACCCUUUGACUCAGCUGCAAUAUAUCCCCAUUUGAUUUGGCCAGACAGUAAGUAAUAGGCAUUGAUUGGUUUCCAGCACCAAUUCAGUAUAGCACGGCUGCUGGUUCCCUUCCUUAUCCCCCAUGUCUCUCGGCCUUUCAUGGAAUUAAAUGAAAAGCUAUGAACUGGAUGGCCCUUGUGUUCCAAAGCAGUCCUCCCAUGAACACUUAACAAGGCUGCCAUAUAGCUGCAGAUUCCACGGGCUACUGAAGACUAGACCAUACACAAAGCCCAAAGGAAAGAAAAUUCUGAAAUGUUGCUGCUUGUCUGCUGGUGCCAUCCCUGGCUGAUGCUUCACGUGGGAGACUGUAUUUCCUGUACAGCAGAAAUGCCAAGUCCCCAGUCUCUCCUGACCUCAGCCCUUGGUGCUAACUGUUCAGCAGCGAAGUGCCUGUGGGGUUGUCCUAUCCCAUAAGCAUUCAGGUGCUGAGAGGAGUCACCACUGGGACCGCCCAAGACAGAAAAGAGUCCCCUCGCCACUCAGUUGACACCUUUCUGCUUUCCCCUAGACUGGAACAUUGAUGAGGGAGUGCCUCGAACAUGACAUCCUUCUGCUGUCCUUGAGAUUAAUUUGGCAGCAGGAGAGAGCAGACUAUCUAACCAGAUGUAAGAAUUAAUUUUGACAUUGAGGGAAAAAGAAAGAAACAGCAUCAUAUAAAGAUUGUGUAAAAGAAACAUUCAUUUUGCUUGAAACUUCUUACUAUGGGGCUUCAGUUCUCACAGCGGCACUUGGCCUCCAAUGGGCAGCAGGAGCAGCCCCAAGCGCUAGUGUUCUGUUCUCUUUUUGUAAUCUUGGAAUCUUGUGUUGCUCUAAAUAUAAUUAAAAAUGGCAGAAACUUGUUUGUUGGCCUACAUGUGUGACUCGGUGUUUGUCUCUUGUCUCUGCUUUCAGAAAUGUCAACCAUUGUAUAAAAUAUUGGCUUGCUGGUCUGCCAGCUCAAACUUGGCCCCAGCCCCUGUUGUGGCUGCAGGCUCAAGUUAUUGUUAACAAAGAGACUCGAGAAAAAGCUGCUAAUGUCCUCUUAUCACUGUUGUUAAUUUGUUAAAACAUAAAACAAUCUGAAAUUUCAGAUGAAUGUCAUCAGUUCUUUUAAUUAGCUAUUUUUAUUGGCUGUCUUUAUUGCAGUCAAGAGUU